AACACACACACACACACGCACACACACACACUGUGUAUAAAAGCCGUGCAGCUGUCAAGUGAAGGACACUGUCUGCUGUCUGUCGCUGAGGGACUUUACCGCACUACAUUCUCACACACUCACGCUGUCACAAUGUCUUGGGGAUACGCAGAGGACAACGGACCCGCGAAAUGGGUUGCUAACUUCCCCAUCGCUGACGGACCCCGUCAGUCUCCCAUUGACAUCGUUCCCGGUGAAGCGUCGUACGACGCGGGGCUGAAGCCGCUCAGCAUCAAAUACGACCCGUCCACCUGCCUGGACAUCCUCAACAACGGACACUCCUUCCAAGUGACCUUCGUCGACGACAACGACAGCUCAACUCUGACAGACGGCCCAAUCUCAGGAACCUACAGGCUCAAGCAGUUUCAUUUCCACUGGGGAGCAGCUGACGAUAGAGGCUCUGAGCACACAGUGGCCGGGACCAAGUAUGCUGCUGAGCUCCAUCUGGUGCACUGGAACACCGCAUACCCGAGCUUUGGAGAAGCCGCUAGCAAACCGGACGGACUCGCUGUCGUUGGAGUUUUCCUGCAGGUUGGUGCGGAGAAUGCCAGUCUUCAGAGGCUUCUUGACGCCUUUGACUCCAUCAAGACCAAAGGAAGCCAGACCUCUUUUGCCAACUUCGACCCCUCCACCAUGCUCCCUGGUUGCCUCGACUACUGGACCUAUGAUGGUUCUCUGACCACACCCCCUCUGCUGGAGAGCGUUACCUGGAUUGUGUGCAAAGAGCCAGUCAGCGUCAGCCCCGAGCAGAUGGCCAAAUUCCGCAGCCUGCUCUUCUCUGCCGACGGAGAGGCCGAGUGCUGCAUGAUGGACAACUACCGACCCCCCCAGCCGCUCAAGGGUCGCCCCGUCCGCGCUUCCUUCCAGUAAUGUCCCCUCCCCCAACUGUUGCCCUUUCUCACCCUCUCCCUCCCUUCCCCACCCUCACUCCCCCCCCGCCUUUAUAGUCAGACACCCAGCGUUACCUCUCUUGAAGUGAGCAAAAAAGCACACGUAUCUCUUUCCAUCCAGUUUUGAAAGAAAUGAAUUUCCUGUCGCACCACGUGUUCUAUUGCUGGGCCAGCAAAGAUGCCUGUGAUGUCAUUUAUGAUGACAAGCACCUCACGUAGGAGGCCGCAUGUUUACCGGGAUUCAGCUUUGAGACAUCACACCGGUGUGUAGGUGACAACAAAACAAUGAAAUAUGAAGUCGCGAUCGUGCUCUCGAGCCACAAAGCACAAGAUCGUUGUAGUAGCAGAGGAGGAGGAGGAUAUCGCCACACGCUGCAGUCCGUCUGUAAUCUCUGACUGACUGCCAGCUUCUGCGUCAUAGCAGCUCAAUAAAACAUGGCUGACGCCUCCAUCACAGGCGACUGAUGCAGAAAAUUCCCCUCUGGUGUCCUGCAGAUGUGAUGUCUGUAGUCACUGACCUGCUUUUUGAUCGUAGAGUGACAGAGGACACAAGGACAAACUGCUGCUGCAGUGCACGCUCCUGAUCACAGCGGUGACGGCAUGUUUCUAUGUUUUUAACACACUCUAAUCCCUAAAUCCAUCACGGGUGUCAUUCCCAUGCUUCAAUUUUUAGGCAUUAUAGUUGUUGUUUUUGCCUUCUUUUAGCCUAGGAGUACACAAAACAGGUCUUAAGUAAUUCAUGAAUUGUGUCCUGCAGCCAAAUGCUCUUUACAUUUUUGAUGCUCUGAUAUUAUAGCAAUGGAUACAAUUCUAGUUUUUUUCUCUUUUUUUUUUAAAAUGAAAUGUAGAAAAUCUCCCUUAGUGUGUUGUUGUGAAACAUCCGUGUGUCGAGUGCAUCUAUAGGUAGUGCCAUAGCGGCUAAUGCACAAAUAAAUGCCAAGGAAAAAGUGAACCUGCCAACAGAUAAGAUUAUAUUUAGUUUCAGCCUGGUGUCAGAAGAAUAA